AUGCUGGCAGAGAAGGCGAAGCGACAACUGUCGGAGGGGACGUGGCAGCAGCAGGAGAAGGAAAAAAUUGAAGCGUAUUUGAAAGUUGCGACAAAGUCGGGCGACGCGGCGUCGGCGGCACGACAGCAGAUUGCAAAGGUGAAUUCCCCCUACAUCCGCUCUGUGGACGCCUUUGGGGAGAAGAGUGUGAGGCUGCAGCACUCCCUCGCCGGCCUGGCCGACAGUCGCAUCAUAAAGUGGUGGGAUAAGUUGUAUUGGAACUACCUUCGCUACGGCUUUACGCAGGAGCGACUUAUCGCGAAGGACCGCUUUGGGAAUAAGCUUACUGUGACCUGGAAGUUUCAAAAGGGGCGCGAGGAGCAGCGGCGCAUGUACCGCGAGGACGCCAACAAGAAGCACCUGACGUACGGCUCGCUGGCGACUGAUGGUAGGUUGUGGGAGCGGUGGAUGCGGGGCCACCGCGGCGACCCGCCGAGCAUCGCGGAGGAGGAACACGCCAGGGACUACAAGAAGCAGUACUUUGGUGCCAUGGUGUUGGAGGAGGAGGAGGUGGAGGACGCCCUGAUGCACAUCAUGGCGCACAUGAAUCGUUCGCAGCAGACCUUUCAGGAGCUUGAGGACGACCAGGUCUACGGCGGCGCCCACCGACCCACGGAACCGCUACGGCAGGCGGAGCACCACCCGGAGAAGGAGCACGCCGCCAAGGCGCAGGCUGGGGCCACCUGGACGCUCGGGUUUGUCUGCGGCGACCUUUUUUACAACAACGAAGGAGGUCGAGGUGAUGCGCACGGAGCUCGGGCACGUGUUUCGCAACAUGACGUGGCAGGAGCUUGA